AAAGAAGGUUGUCUUACUUGGUCCCAAUUAAAAAAACAACUUGAGCUGUUUGAGCGUUUUGACAUAAUAAGAGAAUAAAAAAAAAAAUUUAAACAACUGAGAGACGAUGAACAAGUUGCGAUUGCACCUAAUGAUGUUAUAGAUAAUUUAAAUAUGGUGGAGUUUAUUAGUGAUAUUGAUAACUUUAAGUUAAAACCAAUAAAAGUGUUAGGGAGUUGUGCAUUUGGGAAGGUCUACCUCUGCAUAGAUGAAAGAACAGGGAAAAAGCUGGCUAUGAAAUCUAUUGACACAGGAAACACUGACAAUAAUGCUAAUGCAAAAAAAGAAGUAGAAAAAUUUAAACAUGAAAUUUCACUUUUUCAAACAUUAAAGCAUGAACAAAUUGUGAAAUAUUAUGGUUCUUCUUCGAAGAGCACAUGUGUUUCUUUUUUAAUGGAAUACAUGGAAGGAGGAUCUCUUUACGAUAAAGUAUCAAAUAAAGCUCUAGAUGAGAAGACAGCGUCAGAAAAAUCUUAUCAAAUUCUUUGUGGAUUGGAAUACUUACACAAUAAAAAUAUUGUACACAGGGAUAUUAAAUGUGCCAAUAUAUUGUUAGAUUUAUAUGGGAACUGUAAACUUGCUGAUUUUGGUAUAUCAAAACAGAUAAAAACAAUUCGUUCACGUGUAGGAUGUAAAACAUCAGCUGGAACACCUUACUGGAUGAGUCCUGAAGUUAUUAGUGCAACUUUUCUAGAUAUUGAAUAUGGAAAAAAAGCUGAUAUAUGGUCAUUCGGAUGUACUGUGCUUGAAAUGCUAACAACAAAGCCGCCAUGGUCUCAUUUAGAUCCUACGCCAGCUAUGUUCCAAAUUGCUUCUAGUCCAACCAUACCCCAUCUGCCUGAUAACUCAUCUAAUUCAUGCAUAACAUUUGUGAAUGAUUGUUUUCAACGUGACCCGAAAAUACGACCAAAUGCAUUGCAGCUGUUGUCUUAUGAUUGGGUCAAAAGAAGUGCAUAAUUCAGUGAUAAUAAGAUUUGUGACAGCGAAUUGCAUCAUUUGAAUAGAAUCAAAAGUUUUUCAAGUUAUUAUCGAUGCAUUUCGCUAUUAUCGAUACAUUUCGCUAUUAAGUGACGAUACUUAUGUUGCGCAAUAAAAAUUAUUUGCACAGCGAUAUCAGGAAAUUAAUGCAAAAAGUUAUUAAACUUUAGAUUGAAAGAUGAAAAUCAAAUUUAUAACACUGUAGAAGACCCUUUUGAGCUGAAUUAUAAGAAUCGAAUUUAAAACUCUAUAUUAAAUAAAAAAUAAAAUGAAUUAUUUUGUACACGCUUAAGUAACGUAAUGACGUCAUAAAAUAUAUUUUCUAA